AAACAAAGAGGAAAGAAAGAAUAAUUUUAUGUUUCGUAUUUCGCGCUAGUCGAUUUUAGAUAGCGCUGCAAACGCUACUCGAAAGCGUUAGUCAAGUGUAUUGUACAAUGAAAAGGGAUUACAUUGCAUUAUGUCCGUCAGGUCAUAGUUUUUACACAGUUAUAUUUGGUGAAGUCGUGCGUGGCGAGUUAUGCAACAUUUGGUGUAAAAGCGCCCCAUAAUAAGACGUUCAGAUAUUGUGACAUCUGACCUACUUAGACGGUAUGGUUGUAUUUAUAAGACAGUGGUAAAUUGACAACAUUUAUAACACGAAAAACGCAUUUGACAGCUUUUCAAUUUGUAGAUUUUAACUACUUGCAAACAUCAAAGAACUAGGAAAUCUUUCGGAAAUUGCGUCUUUCCGUGAUACAUUAUUGGAACACAGUGCCGUGGCUAGUAAUUUCUGGUACCCAUAUAAAACUUGGUUCAAUACGUUUCUUCUUUCAAAUUACUUUCCCUUUUAUUAUUAUUCAAUAUGGUACAAAUAAAAAAUUCAUUUAUGUUACAUCAAAGUUCAAGAAAAAAUUGUAAAAAAACAUAAUAUUAAUAAAUGUCGUAUAGCAAUGGCAAAAAUUGCAAGAUGGAUAGCGAAAAAUAUAAUUUCGAUGAACGAUAAUGCGGAUAACGCGAACCGGCAACGGGUACCGGCAUUGAACACACGGCCCUGGAACUCGUGCUGUCAGAGCGCAACGGUGCGCCGGACGCUCGCUUGACUAAGGGAGUGCCCGUCCCGAUGCAAAGUGUAAGUGAAGUGGCCUACAGACCUACAUUUGUCUAACGUUCGAUUUUUUUCGAGUCGGCAGACAGGAGGUUAAUAAUCCGCGCGGGGCUUAUUUUUCCGCGGGCGUGUGUGAUGUCGCUGUUGUGUGAUAUACUGAUGUUUGGUUGAAAGAGACGGUGUAGUUUCGGUACGCUCAGACGGCGCUGGCCGGCGCGGGGAGCGUAGUAGUAAAAAGAGAGGAGGAUAGCAAGAGUGUGCGCACACAAAGAGGAAGAGAGAAAGACAGAGAAAGAAGAUAUCAGGCAAGAAUAAAGGAAAGAGAGAGAAAGAAGAAAUAAGAGCGAGUGCGCGUUCUCCUGUUGGCUAGAUAGAGAGAAAAGAAGUGAGACAGACAGAUAGAUAGACGGGGGUUAGAAAGAGAGCGAGGGCACGUAAGAGAGUGUAAGUGUUUCGAAAGAAGUGCGUGCGCUCGAGGACGACGUGCAGGAGGAGGGACCCCCGUCUGUCUGUCUGCUGGAAUGCACGAGGGCCGAAUGGCUACGGGGACAGGGGAAGGUGGGGGCCAUACGGCCCUCGAGAACACCACUGCGACGGCCCUUACGGAAUCAUCGUCAUCCUCUUCCUCCUCUUCCUCCUCUUCCUCCUCUUCCUCCUCCUCCUCCUCUUCAUCCUCGGUACCAACUAUCCUGACAGAAAACAACACGGCGAUUAAUCUGCCUUUGACUGAAUCUGAACAAGAAACCCUUCAUCAAGUACAACAGCAUCAGGCUCAACAACAGCAGCAACAAACACAUUCGCAAUCAUCGGUCAAUUUGGUCACCGAUCUGCAAACAAACGAUACAUCAGGUACAAGAAAUAAAGCGAGGGAAGGAAAGUGAAGAAAGAAAAAAGGGAGGUAACGAGUGAAUCAGAGAAAGCACACUUGUGGCGCCGAAAUGAACUGGCAUCGGUACACCGAUACGUUGAGCGGGGAUAAGGGUGAACAGUGGUGGCAUGACGACGACAACGACGACAACGACAACGACGACGACGACGACGACGACGACGACGACGCGCAUAAUGGUGACGGCGUCAGUGACGGUGUGACGGUGGACGGUAACUAAGCAGAGUGGGGUGGAGAGAGGUUCGGUUGCUGCGCGAGCAGAGACGGUGCGCCACUGCGAAGGGUAGGGAGUAGGGGAAGGGCGGCGGUGUGGAAGUUGGGUUGUAGUGUGGGGCGCAGGAGGGACGCGAAGAGUGCGGUCAAGUGUACUGGGUAACUAGGUCAAUGAGAGAACCGAGAGAACGACGUUACUUAUUACGGGAGCACAAGCGCGCCACUGCGAAAGUUCUCUUUCUUUUUCUCUUUCUAUCUAUUUUUUCUAAUCUCCUCUCUCUUUCUUCUCCUUUGUACAUAUUUAUUCACUCUCGCCGAUAUUCGACAUUCCAUGAUGCAACAGAAUGCGCUAUGUUCGAUCGACAUAUUUCUAUGUUUUGUUUCUGUCCGUGUUAUUGUUCAUUAAAUAGUUUGUUAUUGUUGAUUCGUUUAAUUUCUUCCGUGUAUAUCUUUGUACUUAAACGCUUAAAAUUGUCUACGAUGGAGUGGUAAACAUGCAAUUAAGAAAUUUCGUUUAUCAAUUUUCUCUACAUGUUUUUUUCUUCUUGCGUUCUAUAUCGUUAACUGCAGACGACGAAUUUAAUAUUCGCAAAUGAUUCUAUAAAUUUCAUUCUAAAAAUCAUUAUCGAUCAACUGUUUUCUUUAAGGAAACAAGGGUAUAAGUUGAAAAAUCUUCUAGACGUAUCGCUGCUUUUUAUAUCCUUACGCUUACAUACUCGGGGAAGAGCAUACUUACUAUACGUGCACGAUGCACUCGAGAUUGCAUUACAUAACGCGUAUAGCGUAUUGUUCGCGAUGCAGAUUUUGAUUGCAGUUAAAUUAGGAUGAUUUUUGUUAUUAUGAUAAAAGUAUAAAAUUAGCGAUUAUAUAUAUUUAUUGA